AUGCAUAACGAAUUAGAGGCUCUAAAAAAGAAUAAUACAUGGACACUUGUCCCUCUUCCUAAAGUAAAAGGUAAUAACUCAAGUGAUAUCCUCAAGGUUAAAAAGUAUCUGCAGGAGCAGUUUGAUAUUAAAGAACUUGGGACACUCAAGUAUUUCCUUGGGAUAAAAAUUGCACAUUCUAUGAAAGGUUUGUUUCUUUGUCAAAGAAAAUAUGUCCUGGACUUAUUAAAAGAAACUAGUAAGCUUGCUGCAAAACCCGUAAAGACUCCCAUUGAAACAACUGCUAAAUUAAACACUGAAGAAGGUACACCUCUUCAUGACAUUAGUAUGUAUCAAAGACUUGUAGAUAAACUUAUCUACCUAACAGUUACUCGUCCCGGUAUAACCUUUGAAGUUAGCAAUGUAAGUCAAUUCUUGCAUGCUCCAAGAACUUCACACCUUUCUGUUGUUUACAGGAUUCUACAUUAUCUUAAAGCUGCUCUUGGAGUAGGCAUAUGGAUGAAGCGAAACAACUGCAUUGACAUUAUUGGUUAUACUGAUGCUUAUUGGGCAUGCAACUUUGAUAGAAAGUCCACUACCGACUUUUGUACAUUCGUUGGAGGAAAUCUAGUGAUGUGGAGAAGUAAGAAGCAAAAAACUGUUUCCCGUUCAAACGUCAAAGCUGAAUAUCGUGUUAUGGCUGCUACUAACGGAGAACUCAUUUGGAUUAAAUAUAUUCUUACAAACUUGGGAGUUGAGCUCAAAACCAUAAAAAUGUAUUGUAAUAACAAUGCUGCUAGAUAUAUUGCAUCAAAUCUAGUGUUCCAUGAGCGCACCAAGCAAAUUGAAUUGAAGUUGAUAGUCACUUUGUUCGUGAGAAGGUUCAAUCUGGUGAGAUUGAAACCCCCUUUGUACCUAGCAAAGAUCAACUUGCUGAUAUUUUCACGAAGGCUCUAG